CCAAAAGCGAGGCUCGAACUUCAAGGCAGUUUCCAAGGUGCCUUUGGGUCCCUACUGACAGCGGCGGCUCUCCGGAUCAGAAUCGAAACUGGAUCCCCGCCCCCCGCGCCGCGGCACAGUUUCGAUUUCCAGGCGCCGGCCCUGGCCGCUUUUCCCUCGGGUUUCCUUCUUAGAAAGUCCCCAGCGCGCUCAUCCUGGGCGGCUGUUGGGGAGCCAGGGGGCUCAUCGCUCGCGGGGAGCCACAGAAUGACAGCUGAACAGCGGCAGAAUCUGCAAGCAUUCAGAGACUAUGUCAGGAAGACGCUGGACCCCACCUACAUCCUCAGCUACAUGGGUCCCUGGCUCCAGGAUGAUGAGGUCCAGUACAUCCAGGCUGAGAAAAACAACAAGGGCCCGAUGGAGGCUGCCUCGCUGUUCCUCCAGUACCUGCUGCAGCUGAAGAGCGAUGGCUGGUUCCGGGCCUUCUUGGAUGCCCUGUACCAUGCAGGUUACUGUGGACUUUAUGAAGCCAUUGAAAGUUGGGAUUUCCAAAAAAUUGAAAAGUUAGAGGAACAUAGAUUACUUUUACGACGUUUACAACCAGAAUUUAAGGCCAGAAUCAAUCCAACAGAUAUCCUUUCUGAAUUGUCUGAAUGCUUAAUUAAUCAGGAAUGUGAAGAAAUCAGACAGAUCUGCUUCACCAAAGGGAUGAUGGCAGGUGCAGAGAAGAUGGUCGAAUGUCUUCUCAGAUCGGAUAAGGAGAACUGGCCCAAGGUUUUGAAACUUGCUUUGGAGAAAGAAGACAACAAGUUCAGUGAGCUGUGGAUUGUUGAUGAAGGUUUCAAAAGGGCUGAAAGUAAAGCUGCUGAAGAUGAUGGAACAGAGAUGUCCAGCAUACAGAUUUUCAUACAGGAAGAGCCAGAAUGCCAGAUUCUCAGUCAGAAUCCCUGCCCACCCUCAGAAGCGUCUUCUAAUAAUUUGAACAGCCCAUUGAAACCAAGAAAUUACCAGCUGGAGCUUGCUCUGCCUGCUGAGAAAGGGAAAAAUACAAUAAUAUGUGCUCCUACUGGUUGUGGGAAAACCUUCGUGUCACUUCUUAUAUGUGAACAUCAUCUUAAAAGAUUCCCACAUGGACAGAAAGGGAAAGUGGUCUUCUUUGCUAAUCAAAUUCCUGUCUAUGAACAGCAGGCAACUGUGUUCUCACGCUAUUUUGAAAGACUUGGGUACAACGUAGCGGGCAUUUCUGGGGCAACGACUGAUAAUGUCUCAGUGCAGCCCAUUAUUGAAAACAAUGACAUCAUCAUCCUGACACCCCAGAUUCUUGUGAACAAUCUCAACAAUGGGACCAUCCCCUCACUGUCUGUCUUCACCUUGAUGAUAUUUGAUGAAUGCCACAACACCAGCAAACACCACCCGUACAAUCAGAUCAUGUUCAGAUACCUAGAUCACAAACUUGGAGAGUCGUCAGACCCGCUGCCUCAGGUCAUCGGGCUGACUGCCUCAGUUGGUGUUGGAGACGCCAAAACCGUAGAGGAAGCCAUUCAGCACAUCUGCAAACUCUGCGCCGCCCUGGAUGUGUCCGUGAUCGCCACGGUCAGGGACAACGUGGAAGAACUGGAGCAGGUUGUUUAUAAGCCCCAGAAAAUUUUCAGGAAAGUGGAAUCACGGACUAUCAACACCUUUAAGUCCAUCAUAUCUCAGCUGAUGAAGGAGACAGAGAACCUGGCAAAGAAUGUCUCCGAGGAACUUGGGAAGUUUUUUCAAAUUCAAAAUAGAGAAUUUGGCACCCAGAAGUACGAACAGUGGAUUGUUGCAGUGCACAAAGCGUGCAUGGUCUUCCAGAUGCCGGACAAAGAGGAGGAGAGCAGGAUCUGCAGAGUGCUCUUUCUAUACACAUCCCAUCUGCGGAAAUACAACGAUGCUCUCAUCAUCAGUGAGGAUGCACAGAUGAAGGAUGCCCUUAAUUACCUCAAAGCCUUCUUCCACGAUGUCCGAGAAGCAGCAUUUGAUGAGACUGAGCAAGAUCUUACUCGGAGGUUUGAAGAAAAGCUGGAGGACCUAGAAAAGGUUUCCACAGAUCCCAGCAAUGAGAACCCUAAACUCAGAGACCUCUACUUGAUCUUACAAGAAGAGUACCACUUAAAGCCUGAGACCAAAACCAUUCUCUUCGUGAAAACCAGAGCACUUGUGGAUGCUUUAAAGAAGUGGAUUGAAGAAAAUCCUGGACUUGGCUUUCUAAAGCCUGGCAUAUUGACUGGACGAGGCAAAACCAACCAGGCCACAGGGAUGACACUCCCAGCCCAGAAGUGUGCGCUGGAAGCAUUCAGAGCCAGCGGAGAUAACAACAUUCUGAUUGCUACCUCGGUCGCUGAUGAAGGCAUUGACAUUGCUCAGUGCAAUCUGGUCAUCCUGUAUGAGUAUGUGGGCAAUGUCAUCAAAAUGAUCCAAACCAGAGGGAGAGGGAGAGCGAGAGACAGCAAGUGCUUCCUCCUGACCAGCAAUGCUGACGUGAUAGAAAAAGAAAAGGUGAACAUGUUCAAGGAGAGAAUAAUGAAUGAAUCCAUCUCAAGACUUCAGACAUGGGAUGAAACGAAAUUUGAAAAAAUGGUUCGCCAUAUACAGUUGGAUGAAAAAUUCAUCAGAGAUAGUCAACACAAACCACCACCUGUCCCUGAUAAAGAAAAUAAGAAACUGCUGUGUGGGAAGUGCAAGACCUUUGCAUGCUACACAGCUGACAUCCGAGUGGUCGAGCAAUCCCAUUACACCGUGCUUGGAGAAGCUUUUAAGGAACGCUUUGUGUCUAAGCCACACCCUAAACCAAAGACCUACGAUAGUUUCGAGAAGAAAGCAAAAAUAUUCUGUGCCAUUCAGAACUGCUGCCAUGACUGGGGGAUCCACGUGAGAUACAAGACGUUCGAGAUCCCAGUCAUAAAAAUUGAAAGUUUUGUGGUGGAAGAUAUUGCAAGUGGCCAGAACCGGCACUCAAAGUGGAAGGACUUCCAUUUCGACAGAAAACAGUUUGAUCCUGCAGAAAUGUCCAAAUGACCUCACGGCUCCUGAGGCUUUCAGUCCAGGGAGCCACGACUCUCGGAGUGCAGAAGCAAUGAACCAAUUCUUCCUUACACAAGCUUAUACUGUGUCGAAGGCCAGAUCACCU